CCGGCCGUGACCCCGCCCCGGCCUCGUGCGGCGGUGCCGGGACAAACCGGGACAAACCGGGAUAUACCGGGACAAACCGGGACAAACCGGGACACACCGGGACACACCGGGAUAUACCGGGACAAACCGGGACAAACCGGGACACACCGGGACACACCGGGAUAUACCGGGACACACCGGGAUAUACCGGGAUACACCGGGAUAUACCGGGACACUCCGGGACAAACCGGGACGCACCGAGAUAUACCGGGACUCCCCCCGGGACACACCGGGACACACCGGGAUAUACCGGGACACACCGGGACUCUCCCAGGGACACAGCGGGACUCUCCCAGGGACACAGCGGGACACAGCGGGACUCCCCGCGACCCUCCGGGAUCCCCCGGAGCCGCCGGGCCAUGAGCGCCCCGGAGCCGCCGGGCCGCGGGAUGCUGUUCGCCGAGACCCAGCUGAAGCGGCACGGCUGGCGCCGAGGGCAGGGGCUGGGCAGGCGGCAGGACGGCAUCGCCGAGGCCAUCCGGGUGAAGGUGAAGUGCGACACGGCCGGGGUGGGACACGACGCGGCGGAGCCCUUCACCUUCCACUGGUGGGACCACGUCUUCAACAAGGCGGCCGCCAACAUCGCUGUGGAGGCCGGGCAGGAUGGCAUCUCUGUGAAGGCACUUUCUGAGCAGGGAGGCAGCAUCAGCAAUAAGAAGCCGCGCAAGGCCGGCAGCAGCGGGAGCCUGCUCUACGGCCGCUUCGUGAAGUCAGCCACGCUCACAGCCUGUGGGGAGGAGACACUGCCAGGCAGCUCUGGGAGCAGUCAGGAGGAGGAGGAGGAGGAGAAGCUGGACCUCUCUUCGGUCAGGAGGCUGACGGACGAGGAGCUGGUGCAGGCGUGCGGGGGCCGCACGGCACACAAGGGUGCCCGUCACGGCCUGACCAUGAGUGCCAAGCUGGCGCGCCUGGAGGAGCAGGAACGAGCCUUCCUGGCCACGUACCGGCAACGGGAGCGGCAGCAGGAGCCCCCGGAGAGCAGCCAGGGCAAAAAGAAGAAAAGGAAACAGUCCAGGGAUGGAGCCAGCCCCGAGGUGCUACAGAGCCAGGAACCAAACAGAGAACAGGAGGAGGUGUUGGAAGAAGAAAAGGUUGUGAAGAGGAAGAAGAAGAAGAAGAAGCAGGGGCCAAGCAGAGAAGAGGAGCUGACAGGAGAGGAAGAGGUCAUGAGGAAGAGGAAGAAGAAGAAGAAGAAGGUGAUCACGGAGUCAUGUGGAGAAGAGGUAUCAGGAGAGGAGGGGAAGGUCAUGAAGAGGAGGAAGAAGGCAGAACUAAGCACAGAAGAGGAGGUGGUAGAAGAGGAGGGGAAGGCUGCAAAGAAGAGAAAGAAGAAGCAGCAGCAGCAGGAAGAGGAGGACACAGAAGAGCCAGCUGAAACAGACGUAGCUCUACAAGAGACAGAUGAGCCAAACCUGGAACACAGCCCUACAAAGAAGAGGAAGAAGAAGAAGAGGAAGAAGGAGCCAGAGUGAGCAAGUGACUUGGCUGCCAUGCUGUGCAGCUGCCAGUCCCACCUGGCUGUAAGGGUCCUGAUCCUGGUGCUGGUGGGUGCCAUGGGGUUCUCUGAACUUGUUCCAGAUGGAGCCCAGAACUGUGGCCCAGCUGCCUGGGGAUGCUGGGCUAGGAAAAGUUGUUCUGGAGCUGGAUCAAGCUUUACUUCACCACCUGAACCUUCAGGAAUGACCCUGGUUCCCCCCAGGCUCUGGGGCAGGGACCCAUUUGCCAUGGGCCUGCCACAGAAGGACACACCCUGCAGAGCACUGAAGUAUUUUUUCAAGGGCGUGAAUAAAUCUUUAUUGUAAUCAGAUUA